AUGGGGAUCAUUAAAGCGCAAUCGUUCGACGAACCGUCCGUUUUGAAGCAAAUGCCUUCCGCGGAAGAUCCAAAAGUGAACGCCAAAGUGGUUGACUUUGGGACGUGUCAAUGCAUGAAAAUCGAAGUGACGAAAGGCGUGGAUUGGAAAAGCUGCAUGGGAAUCCUCCCGGGCGCGCCGGCCACGUGCCAAACCAGACACGUGGGUAUUUGCGUGAAAGGCGAAUUGAACGUCGUCAUGGACGAUGGGACGAAGUUUGACAUAAAAGAAGGCGACUCUUACUUGAUUGAACCGGGACACAUUUUCACGGAAACGAAAUCGGACGUGGAAGCGUUUGAAAUCGUCUCGAAAGUCGAAGGCGCCGCUUCGGCCGGAGGUGCGUCCACGUACAUGAUCGGCGACACUUCCGAAGAAGCGAAGGAAAACAACGCGUCGUUCGACGUGAAACGGUUCGACGACCCGAACGUCACGACCAAAGAGAUGAAAAACGGGAAAGCGUGCGUGUGCUUUCUCGGUAACAAACAAGCGAAAGGCAUGGUGUGUUACCUUCAGCCUGGAUGGACCUGGGCCACUGGGGCGAAAGCGUUGUUACCGGAAGAUAAACAACAUCUCACCGCGUGUCCCGCCAGGCACGUCGGCUUUAUUAAAUCCGGUACGUUUGGAAUGACCGACGUCGAAACCGGAACGGAAACCGUCGCCAAGGCGGGUAUGUGCUACUUGUGCGAAGCAGGGCACGAAGCUCGCGUCAUCGGUGACGAACCGGUGGAAUUCAUCGAGUUUGAAAGCGUCGGGCCUUUUUAA